CCGGGGAGGGUUUUUCUUUCAGAAGGUGGGGGUGGAUCUUCCUCCGUCGUCGUUCAAAAGUCUCUUAAGGAGCUGUGGGGGCUCCACAGGAGCACAUGUGAGCUGACUGACCGGAGUGUCCCUGGGGGGUCAAUAACAAACAGGUCCAGCGAUGUGUUCACGUUCGGUGCUGAUGUGUUGGACCGUCGUGGCUCUCUUCCCCUGCCCGCUCAGCUGCGUGGAUUCCGGGACGGUCCAGAGCGCAGUCCCGCAUCCAAACAACUACAACCCCGACGACGCGGAGAGGUGUCUGCAGCCCCCCAUCAGCAGAUUCAUCGCGCGCUCGUCGGGGUCCUCCACCUCCACUGACGAGGUGCUGGAGUCCAGCCAGGAGGCGCUGCACGUGACGGAGCGCCGCUACCUGCGCCUGGACUGGUGCAAGACGCAGCCGCUGAAGCAGACCCUCCGCGAGGAGGGCUGCGUGAGCCGCAGCAUCAUCAACCGCUUCUGCUACGGACAGUGUAACUCCUUCUUCAUCCCGCGGCACGUGUACGAGGACGGCAGCGCCUUCAAGUCCUGCUCGGCCUGCAAACCCAGGACCUUCAGCACCGUCACAUACACGCUCCUCUGCCCGGGCCAGACGCCCAGCACGCGGAGGAAGCGCGUCCAGCGCGUGAAGCAGUGCCGCUGCGGGACGGUCAGUGCGGAGUAGAGCCGAAAGGGCUGAUGGGACUGCUCCUAGAACGGGUCACGGUGCGUGAACAUAAUGUACAGAAAACUAUUACUUUAAAUAUUUGUUCCUGAUGAUGAGUCAACGCGCGCCGCUUGACGGAUCUGCCGCGCGCGCGCAGGAUUCCGUCUGUCAUCUGCGUAAAGUUCUCAUCCAAAAAAAUCUUCAGACGUGGUUCAGGACAUUAACCUGAGCCACACGAGGCUCUCUGACUUUAAACAAAAUACAAAUGUUAUGAACACAUAAUUUAAGUUUUGUUAUUUAUGAUUUUUGAACUGAUGGAACUUUCUUUGUUUGUUUUACGAAAUUUACUCUAAAUCAAGAAGUCUCGUGUGUUUUACCACCCCUCCAAAAUGCCCAGAUGACCGAGCAAAAUUAUGGUAAAACGUGUUCUAUUUAAGAAAACAUGUUUAUCAAUGCUGCACAACAGAGUUUAGCUUCUGUUCAGAGACAAAGUGCUUAAAUUGAAAGUGUAGAACUACAUGUGAAUGUGGAUUUACCAAAAACAAACAAAGUGGGCAUUCUAAUAUUUCACAGUAAACGGAUUAUCACCAAAUUCCCCUUUUUGCUGCAGCGGAAGGAUCUGAUUUGACAUACACUGUAUUUUAUUUUGAAAGGAACUUGUUAUCAAAAGUAAAAGAAGCUAAAAAUGUCUAUAUUAGAAAAACAGUAGAUACACUGAUAUGUUUUAAUUAUUGUAAAGAUUUAAAAGCUAUGUUUUAUAAAUAAAUAGUCACAAAAACUGAAAUAAAGUGUAUUUUUCUAAACUUUAAGACUUUCUGGGUUUUGGUCAGUAAGAAACAGACUUAAUGUUAAAGGUGUCCUGAUCUUGAGCAACACAUCAAUUAAAAAUUUCAUCAUUUAAAGAAAAUCUGCCACAGUCAGCACUUUCCGCUCCUUUAAACAGUUUAUCACAAUGAAGCCGCUGCAGGCCUCUUGUUUUAUGAUCACUCCAUAGCAAACACACUAUUUUCUGGGUGUUAAAAUCUGAUGAAAAUAUAUACAACUUUUCUUGUCUGUAUUAGUGUAAAUUGCCAUGGCAACCAGAGUUUCCCCAAUGUCUGCUUGAGCUUCUCUACGCGGUUAUGAUCAAAUGCAGGUUUAUUUAUUUAGGAUGACACUGGAGAAAUGAAAUGUGAUAAACAUCUGAUUGAACGAAGCUUCAGGUAACAAAGAUGGGUCAAACUCGGAUCCAGCGGCUGGAAAUGAAUCAGUUUUUCCUUAAAGUCUUUAGAACGUAUGCACUUCAUUUAAGGUGAGUGCUGGGUCACAUAAACAUGUAUUAACAAUGGCAUAUUUCUCAUGAUUAACUGACGCUCAAACAUCCACCAGAUUUCUCUUUCAAUGUGAAGAACAUGAGAACGAAAACUUUUGCAGGACAAGUUUGAGGUUUUCUUUCGGUCAUAAUGUGGUCAGAAGAUGAUUUUAGGUUCUGUCCAUUGUGUGGAAAACUGAACAGAUUCAACUUCACCUCUUAAACCUGCAUGAAUAGUUAGUUAAUGCUGCAUGUUGUUAAA